AAGAUGAGACCAACCAAACAAAAUCGAGACCCAAGGCCUAAUGAAUUCCGCUUUUGAAUUCCGCCGGGCUGGUCACUUCCAAGAACAAAACCGUUGCGGAGCCUGAAAAAUGGUCCUUAGUUCCUCACGGUUUCGCCCAGGAUAAUUUAAUUAACCUGUGGUCGUCUUUUCUGUUUCUGUUUGUGUUUUUUUCUUCUUUAGGUUUAGGUAUUUGUUGUUGUCGAUGGGUCAAGCAGUGUCGACGGUGAAACUCACCAGCCGUGGGGAUUGUAACCGUAGCCAACUGUCAAAAUUGAAAUCAACGGCUCUGAUCUCUCCGAUGCAAACUGAGGAAGCUGAAGAGCUUGAACGAAGUAGCAUGGAUGGAUUAUCUGAUUUCAUCUCAGUUCUACCGGACGAGUGUUUGGCUUGCAUUUUCCAGUUUCUUAGCCCCGGUGACCGGAAACGCUGUUCUCUUGUUUGCCGCAGGUGGUUGAGGACGGAAGGACAGAGCCGUCACCGACUUUCCCUCAACGCACACUCAGAUCUGCAACCUCUGAUUCCUUCCAUCUUCUCUCGCUUUGAUGCUGUCACGAAACUGGCCCUGAAAUGUGACCGUAGAUCUGUUAGCAUCGGGGAUGAAGCGCUUGUUCUAAUCUCGGAGCGCUGCCGGAACUUGACUCGCCUUAAGCUCCGAGCUUGCCGUGACUUGACCGAUGCGGGAAUGUCGGCAUUUGCUAAGAACUGCAGGGGCCUAAAGAAGCUCUCGUGUGGAUCUUGCACUUUCGGAGCUAAAGGCAUGAACGCCGUGCUCGACCACUGUCCAGCACUCGAGGAACUCUCCGUGAAACGACUUCGUGGCAUCAUAGACGGAGCUGCAGCUGAGCCGAUAGGGCCAGGGAUGGAGGCGGCAGCGUUAAAAACAAUUUGCUUAAAAGAGCUUUAUAAUGGACAGUGCUUUGGUCCGCUUAUUAUUGGUGCUAAGAAUCUGAAAUCCUUAAAACUUUUUAGAUGCUCUGGUGAUUGGGAUAAGCUUUUCCCUCUUAUAGUUGAUCAGGUGACGGGUAUCGUAGAGAUCCAUAUGGAACGGAUUCAAAUAAGCGACAUCGGUCUCGAGGCUAUAUCCAACUGUUCAAACCUGGAAAUUCUUCACCUAGUUAAGACUCCAGAGUGUACGAACGCUGGACUUGAAGCUGUUGCUGGGAAAUGUAAAUUGUUAAGGAAGCUUCACAUUGAUGGAUGGAAGGCCAAUCGAAUAGGUGACCAAGGUGUAAUUGCUGUUGCAAACUCAUGCCUUAAUUUACAAGAAUUGGUUCUUAUCGGUGUUAAUCUGACGAACAUAAGUCUGGGAAUGUUAGCUUCAAAUUGUCAGAACUUGGAACGGUUAGCUUUAUGCGGUAGUGAUACAGUGGGUGACGCAGAGAUUUCAUGUAUUGCUGCUAAAUGUAUAGCUUUGAAGAAGCUUUGUAUUAAGAGUUGCCCUGUUUCAGAUCAUGGAAUGGAAGCCCUUGCUAGUGGUUGCCCGAAUUUGAUUAAAGUGAAGGUGAAGAAAUGCAGAGGAGUAACAUCGGAGGGGGUGGAAUGGUUAAGAGCAAACAGAGGAUCACUCGCAAUUAAUUUGGAUACAGGGGAACAGUUAGAUGCAAGUGCCAGUGAUGUCGGGGCACAAGAUAAUGCAGUUGAAUUUCCUCCCAUUGUAGCCAGUGCUUCUGCUAUUGCUUCAAGCAGCACAGGUCGAUUAACAUCAACUAAGUUUCUAGGGCUUUUGAGUGGGAGAAGUAUAGUGGCUUGCACUCUGAGAAGGUUCGCAAACAGUAACGGCAGCGGUUCUCAUAGUUAAUUUGGAGUGGAAGAGGCAAAGGUGGGAGAAAAAGCAUUUUGGUUCUUGAAAUGUUUAUUUUGUUGUGCGUUGUAGUAUCAGAUUCGGGAUUUAAUUCAAUGCUGUGUUCUGUUGAUUGCCUUUAGAGUUGAAUCUUCAUCUUCAAAAGUGACGGUUUCUCUUAUCUUUUCCUAUAUUUCUUCCGACGGCAGCACCCUAAUACAGUAGCUAGAUCAUUGUAUUUGUUU